AUGAAAGCUUUCUAUGCUCUCUGUGCUGUGCUUUUGGUGUUCGGGAGUGUCUGUGAAGCCAAGUUUGAUGAUUUUGAGGAUGAGGAAGACCUAGUAGAGUAUGAUGAUAAUGAUUUCGCUGAGUUUGAGGAUGUCAUGGAAGAUUCUGUUACGGAAUCUCCUCAGCGAGUGAUAACCACUGAAGAUGAUGAAGAUGAGACCACUGUGGAGUUGGAAGGGCAGGAUGAAAACCAAGAAGGAAAUUUUGAAGAUGCAGAUACCCAGGGAGAUCCUGAAAGUGAGCCAUAUGAUGAUGAAGAAUUUGAGGGUUAUGAAGAACCAGAUACCUUUUCUAGCAAAAAUAAAGACCCAAUAACCAUCGUUGAUGUUCCUGCACAUCUCCAGAACAGCUGGGAGAGUUACUAUCUAGAGAUCCUGAAUCUGCUUGCCUAUAUCAUGAACUACAUCAUUGGGAAGAAUAAGAAUAGCCGACUUGCUCAGGCCUGGUUUAAUUCUCAUAGAGAGCUUUUGGAGAGCAAUUUUACCUUAGUGGGGGAUGAUGGGACUAACAAAGAGGCCACAAGCACAGGAAAGUUGAAUCAGGAGAACGAACACAUUUAUAACCUGUGGUGUUCGGGCGGAGUGUGCUGUGAAGGCAUGCUUAUCCAGCUGAGGUUCCUUAAGAGGCAAGACUUGCUUAAUGUCCUGGCCCGGAUGAUGAGGCCAGUGAGUGAUCAAGUGCAAAUAAAAGUAACCAUGAAUGAUGAGGAUAUGGAUACAUAUGUGUUUGCUGUUGGCACUCGAAAAGCUUUGGUGCAACUUCAGAAAGAGAUGCAGGAUCUGAGUGAGUUUUGUAGUGAUAAACCUAAGUCUGGAGCAAAAUAUGGACUGCCAGACUAUUUGGCCAUCCUGUCAGAAAUGGGAGAAGUUACAGAGGGGAUGAUGGAUACGAAGAUGGUUCACUUUCUUACACACUAUGCUGCCAAGAUUGAGUCUGUCCAUUUUUCAGACCAGUUCUCUGGUCCAAAGAUUAUGCAAGAGGAGGGUCAGCCUUUGAAGCUGCUGGACACUAAGAGGACACUAUUGUUUACAUUUAAUGUGCCUGGCUCAGGUAACAUGUACCCAAAGGAUAUGGAGGCUUUGCUACCCCUGAUGAACAUGGUAAUUUAUUCUAUUGACAGAGCCAAAAAGUUCCGACUCAACAGAGAAGGUAAACAGAAAGCAGAUAUGAACCGGGCACGAGUGGAAGAGAACUUCUUGAAGCUGACAUAUGUGCAGAGGCAGGAGGCUGCACAGUCUAGGCGUGAGGAAAGAGCCGAGAAGGAGCGGGUCAUGAAUGAGGAAGACCCUGAGAAACAGCGCAGGUUGGAGGAAGCUGCUUUGAGUAGAGAACAAAAGAAGUUGGAGAAGAAGCAAAUGAAAAUGAAACAAAUCAAAGUGAAAGCCAUGUAAAGUCACCCCAGAGGUCUCUGUCCAUGUCACCUGUAAGCUCUGCAUCCACAGGAAACAGGAAAAGCACGAACCGUUUC